AUGGCGGCCAAGGCCGUGGCUUCACGCCUGGAGCGGCAGGAGGAGGACAUCCGCUGGCUAUGGGCGGAGGUCCAGCGCCUAAGGGACGAGCAGCUGAACGCGCCCGACCGCGGCCAGGCGGAGGGGCCGUGCCUGACGCGGGAGGUGGCGCAGCUCCGGGCGGAGAACCGCGACCUGCGCCACCACCUCUACCGCCUGCGACUGUGCCUCGCCGAGGAGCUGAGCCAGCAGGCUAAGCUGGAGAGCGCGGCGCCGGCGGCGGCGGCGGCGCAGGAGGCCAGGCGCGCAGCGGCGGGCGCGCAGGUGACAAAUCAGCCAGAUUUUGUGAAGGAAAGAUUGAAGCUGUUUGAAAUAUUGAAGAAAGACCAUCAGCUUCCAUUUGCCGUUACUGGGAAAAAGGGGAAUACAAACACCGUGAUCACAGUGACAGUGGCUGACGGGAAAACAGUGAAAGGGGAAGUCUGGAAAACGACACCUUAUCAAGUGGCUGCUGAAAUUAGUCCAGAACUGGCUGAAAGCACAGUUGUAGCCAAAGUAAAUGGUGAACUGUGGGACUUGGACCGUCCAUUGGAAGGGGAUUCCAUUCUAGAGCUGCUUACAUUUGAUAAUGAGGAAGCUCAAGCUGUGUACUGGCACUCCAGUGCUCACGUCCUCGGGGAGGCCAUGGAGCUCUACUACGGAGGCCACCUGUGCUAUGGUCCACCCAUUGAAAAUGGAUUUUAUUAUGACAUGUUCAUUGGAGACAGGGCAGUGUCCAGCACGGAACUGUCAGCCUUGGAGGACAUCUGUAAGACCAUCAUCAAAGAAAAGCAGCCUUUCGAAAGACUGGAAGUCAGCAAGGAAGUGCUCCUCGAAAUGUUUAAGUACAAUAAAUUUAAGUGCCGCAUCCUGAAUGAGAAAGUGAACACGCCAACUACGACAGUUUACAGGUGCGGUCCGCUAAUUGACCUCUGCAAAGGCCCCCAUGUAAGACACACUGGAAAAAUUAAAACCAUAAAAAUUUUCAAGAAUUCCUCAACAUAUUGGGAGGGAAAUCCCAAAAUGGAAACACUGCAGAGGAUCUACGGGAUCUCCUUCCCUGAUAACAAGAUGAUGAAGACCUGGGAAAAGUUCCAAGAGGAAGCCAGGAACCGAGAUCACAGGAAGAUUGGAAAGGAACAAGAACUGUUCUUUUUCCAUGAUUUGAGUCCUGGAAGCUGCUUUUUUCUUCCCAGAGGAGCCUUCAUUUAUAAUACACUUAUGGAUUUCAUACGAGAGGAAUAUCACCGACGUAACUUCACAGAAGUGCUCUCUCCCAACAUGUACAACAGCAAACUAUGGGAGACCUCAGGUCACUGGCAGCAUUAUAGUGAGAACAUGUUUACCUUUGAUAUUGAGAAGGAUACAUUUGCCCUAAAGCCCAUGAACUGUCCAGGGCACUGUCUAAUGUUUGCUCAUCGUCCACGAUCAUGGAGGGAAAUGCCUAUCAGAUUCGCUGAUUUUGGAGUUCUUCAUAGGAAUGAAUUGUCAGGAACUUUAAGUGGCUUGACUCGAGUUCGGCGCUUCCAGCAGGAUGAUGCCCACAUCUUCUGCACAGUAGAGCAGAUUGAAGAAGAAAUAAAUGGCUGUUUGCAGUUUUUGCAGUCUGUUUAUUCAACAUUUGGCUUCUCCUUUCAAUUAAAUUUGUCAACAAGGCCUGAAAACUUCCUAGGCGAGGUUGAGAUAUGGGACGAAGCUGAAAAGCAACUACAGAACAGCUUGGUGGAAUUUGGAAAACCAUGGAAGAUGAACCCAGGAGAUGGAGCAUUUUAUGGCCCUAAAAUUGAUAUAAAAAUCAAGGAUGCUAUUGGAAGAUAUCAUCAAUGUGCCACAAUUCAGCUGGACUUCCAACUACCUAUUAGAUUUAAUCUUACAUAUGUUAGUAAGGAUGGAGAUGACAAGAGGAACCCCGUGAUCAUUCAUCGAGCCGUUUUGGGGUCAGUGGAGAGAAUGAUAGCCAUCCUGUCAGAAAACUAUGCGGGGAAAUGGCCUUUCUGGCUGUCUCCUCGUCAGGUAAUGGUCAUCCCCGUGGGGCCAACUUGUGAAAAAUACGCACUGCAGGUAUCCAGUGCAUUUUUUGAAGAAGGGUUCAUGGCCGAUGUUGACUUAGAUCAUAGCUGUACACUAAAUAAGAAAAUACGAAAUGCGCAACUGGCUCAGUAUAAUUUUAUUUUGGUGGUUGGAGAAAAGGAAAAGACAAAUAAUGCUGUAAAUGUUCGAACAAGAGACAACAAAAUUCAUGGAGAGAUUUCUGUAGCUUCUGCCAUUGAUAAGUUGAAGAAUCUCAAGAAAUCACGUACACUAAAUGCUGAGGAAGACUUUUGAAGUUCUUUUCUGUACUUGCUUCUGUAUAACCUUGUUUUGACCCCUAAAAAUGCAUUUUUCUUUACCGGUAGUACUACUUCUAAGAACUUUUUUUUUUUAAGAUUUUUUUUUUUUUU